UAUUCAUUAGUGGAGAUGCCCUAAGCAUGGUUACAAAUCAAAGAAACUAUCUACUCCUUUUGUCGGCAGGAUAAAGAAAAGAACCGGAUGAACUGACUUUAUAUAUAUUAAUAUAUAUAUAUAUAAAAAAGCUAGAGGCCCCUACAAAUUUAUUUAUUUAUUUUGUUCUUCUUCAAUAAUUCAUGUCUUCGAGACGAUCAUACUUUGCGCCCCUUUUGUGUUAAUAUAAUUGUACCCCCAGCGUCCAUUUUCAGCAUCUAAUCGCAUCAAGUAGUAGUCGACAUGAGUGUUGUUAGCAUGAAGGGUGGAGAUGGAGAACACAGUUAUGCAAAUAAUUCUGAGGUGCAGAAAGGUAUUGCUUCUGAUGCAAAACCGGUGGUGGUGAAAAACGUAAAAGAAAUGAUAGUGAAAAUGGAUUUUCCGGGGUGCAUCAAAGUAGCUGACUUGGGAUGUUCUUCCGGAAAAAACACAAUCUUGGUUAUGUCCGAAAUCGUUAACACAAUCAUAGCAACGUACCAACAAAAAGGUCAAAACCCACCGGAGAUCGAUUGUUGUCUGAACGAUCUUCCGGACAACGACUUCAAUGCAAUUUUCAAGUUGGUCCCUUCCUUCCACGAGAAGCUGGAGACGAAUGUUCAAGGAAAGUGCUUCGUCUCAGGACUCCCAGGCUCAUUCUACAAAAGGCUUUUCCCAAGCAAGUCUCUUCAUUUUGUCCAUUCAUCUUUUAGUCUACAUUGGCUUUCCAAAGUUCCUGAUGGGCUUGAGGAAAAUAAGACGAACGUUUAUCUCAGAAGUCCAUGCCUUCCAAGUUUGUACGAGAGUUAUUUGAAUCAGUUCAAGAAUGAUUUCUCAAUGUUUCUAAGAAUGCGUGCCGAAGAGACAAUGCCUAAUGCACGUAUGGCUCUCACCUUAUUGGGCAGAAAAACUUUGGACCCUUUAUCCAAUAAUUGUUUCCAAGGUUGGUCGUUGGUAUCUGACUCUCUCCUCGAUUUGGUGUCUGAGGGAAUUGUGAAGGAAUCAGAUGUGGAAUCUUUCAACGUGCCGUUCUACAAUCCUGAUGCAAGCGAGGUGAAGGAAAUAAUCGAAAACGAAGGCUCAUUCGAGAUCAACAACUUCGAGACAAUAUUUGGACUUUUCUUUUCAUACCAAACUGGAGUGAAAGAUGAAGAUGUGGACCAAUCAUGUCGAUUAGAAGCCGUUAAAAAGAGGGCUAACAUGAUAAGAUCCAUCAUGGAACCGAUGCUUGUUGCUCAUUUUGGAGAUGCCAUUAUCGAACAGCUAUUUGAUAAGUAUACAUAUCAUGGAUGCCAACGUUACGAUACUUUGUGCAACAAGCCAACCGUUAAUUUCUUUGUUUCGCUGACUAGGAAGUGAUGGACCUUCGAUCUGUGUCUGUCAAUAGUUGAGGAGAUUAUAAUAAGACAAUAAUAUAAUGAUCCAUUUACAUCCAUUUAAUAUGAA